UCAGGGACCAUUAGUGGCACGGUGAUGUUUCUAUUCGUGUUCACGAAAUUGCUCGACUUGGUUGAAACAGUGCUUAUCGUUCUCGAAGGACGUCGCCCGCUGCUCAUUCAUAUUUUUCAUCAUGUCGUCACUUUACUUUUUACGUGGAACAGCUAUUCUUACCACAACUCUCUUGGCAGGUGGUUUGCUACCAUCAAUCUAUUCUCGCAUGUGAUAUUGUAUUCUUAUUUGAGCCCGAAAAAAUUUGGAAUAGCUCCGUGUUGGCUAUUUGUAGCUUUCAGUGAGUUAAACGUUUCUUCAGUUCUACCAGAAGCCUCGAAAUGA